AUGAGGCUGCUGCUGGUGGUGGCUCUCGCCGUGGCGGCGGCAGCGGCGGAGCAGCGCGCCACGUACAUAGUUCACAUGGCCAAGUCUGCCAUGCCGGCCGAGUACGCCGACCACGGCGAGUGGUACGGCGCCUCGCUGCGCUCGGUGUCCACGGGUGGUGCCCCGGCUGCCAAGAUGCUGUACUCCUACGACACCGUCCUGCAUGGCUUCUCGGCGCGGCUCACCGAGCAGGAGGCCAGCGACAUGGCGGGCAUGGACGGCGUCCUGGCCGUGAACCCCGAGACGCGGUACGAGCUGCACACCACGCGGACGCCUGAGUUCCUGGGGCUCGCCGGGAGCGAGGGCCUGUUCCCGCAGUCUGGCACGGGCGGCGACGUCGUCGUCGGGGUGCUCGACACCGGCGUCUGGCCCGAGAGCAAGAGCUACGACGACGCGGGCCUCGGCGAGGUGCCGUCGUCGUGGAAGGGCGCGUGCAUGGCCGGCGCGGACUUCAACUCCUCGGCCUGCAACCGGAAGCUCGUCGGCGCGCGGUUCUUCAACCGGGGCUACGAGGCAGCGAUGGGGCCCAUGGACACCAGCAGGGAGUCGCGCUCCCCGCGCGACGACGACGGGCACGGGACGCACACGUCGUCCACCGCUGCCGGCUCCGCUGUCGCAGACGCUGACCUGUUCGGGUUCGCGUCCGGCACGGCGCGCGGCAUGGCGCCCAAGGCGCGCGUGGCCGUGUACAAGGUGUGCUGGCUCGGCGGCUGCUUCAGCUCGGACAUCCUCGCCGGCAUGGACGCCGCCGUCGACGACGGCUGCGGCGUGCUCUCGCUCUCGCUUGGCGGUGGUUCCGCCGACUACUCGCGCGACAGCGUCGCCAUCGGCGCCUUCGCCGCGAUGGAGCAGAACGUCGUGGUGUCCUGCUCGGCCGGGAACGCCGGGCCCGGGAGCGCCACGCUCUCCAACGUGGCGCCUUGGAUCACCACCGUGGGCGCGGGCACCCUCGACCGCGACUUCCCGGCGUACGUUCAACUCGGGAACGGCAAGAACUACACCGGCGUGUCCCUCUACGCUGGGAAGGCCCCGCCGUCGACCCCGACCCCCCUCGUAUACGCGGGCAACGCCUCGAACUCCACCAGCGGAAAUCUCUGCAUGCCGGGGACCCUCUCGCCGGAGAAGGUGCAAGGGAAGAUCGUGGUCUGCGACCGCGGCAUCAGCGCGCGCGUCCAGAAAGGCUUCGUAGUGCGCGACGCUGGAGGUGCCGGCAUGGUGCUCGCCAACACCGCCGCCAACGGCCAGGAGCUCGUCGCCGAUGCCCACCUCCUGCCCGCGACCGGCGUGGGUGAAAAGGAAGGUGCCGCGAUAAAGUCUUAUAUAGCAUCCGAGUCCAAGCCGACGGCAACGAUUGUGGUCGCCGGGACACAGGUGGACGUGCGUCCCUCACCGUUGGUGGCCGCGUUCUCGUCGCGCGGGCCAAACAUGAUCACGCCGGAGAUCCUGAAGCCGGACAUCAUCGGGCCGGGGGUGAACAUCCUGGCGGCGUGGACCGGCAAGGCAGGGCCAACUGGUCUCGCCGCGGACACGCGGCGCGUCAACUUCAACAUCAUCUCCGGCACGUCCAUGUCGUGUCCCCCCGCCGCCGUGCGCUCGGCGCUCAUGACGACGGCCUACUCCACGUACACCGGCGGGGCCGGGGCGCCCAUCCUCGACGCGGCGACCGGCGCGGCCGCCACGCCGUUCGACUACGGCGCCGGGCACGUGGACCCGACCCGCGCGGUGGAGCCGGGGCUGGUGUACGACCUCGGCACCAGCGACUAUGUGGACUUCCUGUGCGCGCUCAAGUACACGCCCAACAUGAUCGCCGCGCUGGCGCGGAACAAGACCUACGGCCAUCUUAGGAUCUCCUAUAGCACCACCCCGAACGGCCCGAUGGCUCCUUCGAUCAUCAACAACGAUGCAGUCCAGGGUGAGACUUUUCUCCCCGGACAGAUCUUCGUCUUCGGUGGCUUCGCACUGCGGGCCAAUUUGCUUGGCCACCUUGAGCAGAUCGAAAGCUACGCCCCUGGCCAUCAGGCGCCCUUAAGUACCUCUAGCAGAUUGUCCGGCGCCUCCAGUUGGACGGAGGACGCCGGCUCAAUAGGCUUGCUCCUCUUGGCAGGAGUUCACCUGCCGCGGUCCGGAACCGUCGAUGAUUCCGGCGCGGUGUCCGACCUAAAGCCGGACUUGGAGCCCUGGGGGGUCUUGUCCCCUUUACUCAUGGAGUCCGGGAGGUCGCCUCGCGGCUCCUCCUGGACCGCCUUGCGGCUCCUCCUGGACCACCUCCUCUUGCCCCGGAGCUUGUCGCGACGCCACUUCGGCGUCAUCCGCAGCACAGGGGGAGGCAGCGGGCGGAACUGA